AUGGCUAACCACCUUAAGUUUUUGCUCUGUUGUGAAGAGAGUUAUUACAAACAAAAAUCCAGGGUCCAAUGGCUUAAUCUUGGGGAUUCUAAUACUAAAUUUUUUCAUAACUCUUUAAAACAAAGGAGAAUUGUGAAUUGCAUUCCUAUUUUACAGUUAGAAGAUGGGAGUACUAUUAAUUCCAGCAAUGAGAUCCAUAUAGAAAUGACAAGGUUUUAUAAAAACCUUUUCAGAAAAGGAGACUUUAAUAGGAAUCAUAUUAAGAGGGAGGAGUUCAGGAAGGGCUUUAUUUUAGCUGAGGAAGAUGGUGUUACCUUUAUGAGAAAGGUUACCGAGCAGGAAGUUAAAACUGCUGUAUUUUCUAUUGGGCCUGACAAGGCAGCAGCCCCUGAUGGAUACAAUGGGCAUUUCUUCAAAGCAACUUGGAGAAUUAUUAAGGAUGAUCUGGUGAAAUCUGUUCAGGAGGCCUUCAUUUCUGGUAAGAUUCUUAACCAGAUUAAAACUACUGCUGUAACUGUUAUUCCUAAGUCUAGUAAUGCAAAUAGUCUUAAUGACUUUAGACCUAUUUCUUGCUAUUGUGUCUCCCAAUCAUAUGCUUUUGUGCCUAAAAGGUCUAUUGCCCACAACAUCAUGCUUGCCCAUGAAUUAGUGAAAAAUUAUCACUGUAAUAAGGACUAUCCUAGGUGUCUCCUGAAAAUAGACCUUAAGAAAGCCUAUGAUUCUAUUUCCUGGGAUUACAUUGAAGAAAUUUUGAUUGCCUUAAACUUUCCUGACAAUUUCAUUAUUCUUGUAAUGAAUUGUAUUAGAUCCCCUAGUUUCUAUAUUGCUUGGUGUGGUAAUAAAGGUGAUAGUUUUGUCUCUAGCAAAGGGCUGAGGCAAGGGGAUCCUAUAUCUCCCCACUUAUUUGUGAUUUGUAUGGAGUACUUAUCAAGAACUUUAAGUAAUACUAGUAAUGUUUUCAAAUUUCACCAUGGGUGUGGCCCUCUUAAAGUCAAUCACUUGAUGUUUGCUGAUGAUUUAUUGCUUUUCUUCUAUGGGGAUAAAAACUCUAUUGGUUUCCUUAUGGAGUGUCUUACUGAGUUUAGAAACACUUCUGGCCUUCAAGUUAAUAAUAGUAAGAGCCAAGUGUUUUUCUGCAAUGUGGAAGAUAGUACUAAAAGAAGUAUCACGUGCAUGACUGGCUUUAAAGAAGGGGUUCUACCCUUGAGGUACUUGGGAAUUCCUUUGAUUUCUACCAAGCUCUCUAGAGAUGAUUGCAAAGGGAUCAUUGAAAAAAUCACCAGCAAAAUUCACUCUUGGAACAGUAAGUUCCUCUCUUAUGCUGUCAGAAUGCAGUUGAUUCAGUCAGUGCUCCUCAAUAUGCAAGUUUUCUGGGCUACUAUUCUCAUCCUUCCUAAGAAUGUGAUUAGUGAGAUUCAAAGAAUUUGCUCAAAGUUCUUAUGGUCUGGAUCUAGUGAGGGCAGGAACAAAGCUAUGGUAGCUUGGAAAGAGAUUGAAAAGUUAAAGAAAGAGGGUGGUCUUAGUAUUAAAAAUAUGAAAAUUUGGAAUAGAGUAGCUAACUGUAAACAUGUUUGGCACAUUUUGAAUAAUCCCAAUGCUCUAUGGGUUAAAUGGAUUAACAACAACAAAUUAAAAAGAAGAAGUUUGUGGAGUGUUAAGUCUCAUAACUACACAAGUUGGAUCAGGAAAGGCAUUCUUAGUAUCAGAGAGGAUGUGAAGAAGCUCAUUGAUUUCAGAAUAGGAAAUGGGGUUAAGACUGACUUUUGGAAUGACCCUUGGCUUACAGGGUGUUCUAUGAGUGAAAAGUUUCCAAAAGAUAAAAUGAGAGAGACUGGAGUCCCUAAGAAUGUUGCUGUGGCAAGCUUAUGGAGGAAUAACUCUUGGCAUCUCCCUGAAACCAAUGACCCUGAAACAGAAGCAGCUUGGAAUUAUAUCAGGAGUAAUAGUCAUAUCAAUGUUGAGGAGGAAGAUACCAUUAAUUGGAAAGUGAUGAAAGGAGAAAAGUUUUCUAUUAGUAAGACAUGGGAGAUUUUAAGAGACCAUCACCCUGAGACCAAGGAUAAGCUCAGGUCAUGGGGUAUUGUUAAUGAUGACAUGUGUGUACUUUGUGGUGAGAAAACUGAGACCAUCAACCAUUGUAUGUUUGAGUGUGAGAUUGCAGAUCAAAUUUGGAAAACUCUGUUACCUGCAAUCAAUUGUAAUGUUGAAGUUAGAUCUUGGAAAAGACUGCUAAGUUGGUUUUGCAUGAAAGCUCGGGGGAAUAGCAAGCUUGCUAAAUUCAGAAGAUUGGUUCUCACAACUUUUAUCUACAUGAUUUGGAUCUCUAAGAACAGAAAAGCUUUUCUGGGGGAAGAUUGUUCUUCAACUCAAAUUAUCAACAAAAUCAGAAAUGUCUUGAUUGCAAAAUUUAGUGAGAUUGGGAGCAGAGGUCCUAAUGAUUAG